CAGGUGUUAUCUCUUUAUCUGGUAGCUCUCUUUAAUGGAGUUCUGGAUCAUCUUUCUCUCCCUCUGCAUCUGCUUUGUGCUCAAGUUGCUUCUCAAUCUCAUCCUACAAAAGACAUACAACAAAAGAGAACACAAAGUACUCCCACUCCCACCUGGACCCUCUACUUUUCCCAUAAUAGGAAAUUUCUUUUGGUUGCGUAAAACCUUCUUUGAUCUUGAGCCAAUCCUCAGAGAACUGCAUGCUAAGUAUGGCCCAAUUGUUAGUCUUCAUAUUGGUUCCCAAAGAGCCAUCUACAUAAGAACGCAUGCUCUUGCCCAUGAAGCACUAGUCAAGAAUGGAGCUAUCUUUGCUAGUCGAUCUCCGGUCAGCGGCGGAGAUCGCCAUAUACAUCGAUUCAACAUCAACUCAUCGCCAUAUAGCCCGAUAUGGAGGCUUCUCCGCCGCAACCUUACAACGGAGAUGCUCCACCCUUCUCGUUUGAAGUCUUAUUCCCAUGCCCGGAAAUGGGUUUUGCAGGUACUAAUCAACAAGCUAAAAGCCGAAUCACAAUCCGGAAAUGUUGUUCCUGUGAUGAAUCACAUCCAAUAUGCAAUGUUUUGCCUACUAGUGUUCAUGUGCUUUGGUAAAAAACUUGAUGAGAAGGAAGUUAGAGAGAUCAAAGCCGUCCAAGACACCCUCAUUGGAAAUCGUACUAGGUUCAAUGUUCUCAAUUUCUUGCCUUCGUUGUUGUCGAGGGUUUUUUUCCAAAAGCUGUGGAAUGAACUCCAAGUGAUCCUACGUAAACAAGAAAAUCUUUUCAUCCCUCUCAUUAGAGCUCGUGAAGAAAGACGAAACAACCCAAAUUCAAACCCAGAAGAGGAAGAGGAAGAGGAAGAUUUUGUAAACUCAUUUGUUGAUACAUUGCCCUAUCUAAAGCUCCCAGACAAUGGAAGAAAGCUCAGUGAAAUUGAAAUGGUGGGUUUAUGUUCAGAGUUUCUUAUUGCAGGCACAGACACAACAUCCGCUGCAUUGCAGUGGUUAUUGGCCAAUUUAGUGAAACACCAGCAUAUACAGUCAAAGCUGGCUAAAGAAAUUGAGGGAGUAGUGGGGAAAGGAGAGGAGAUCAAUGAGGAGGAUUUGCAGAAGAUGCCGUUUCUGAAGGCGGUGGUGCUCGAGGGCCUACGGCGACACCCGCCGGCGCAUUUCUUGUUACCACAUGCAGUCACAGAAGAUACAACAUUGAAUGGUUAUCUCAUACCAAAGAAUGCUACAACUGUGAAUGUAACAGUAGCAGAGAUUGGUAGAGACCCAUAUGCUUGGGAGGAUCCAAUGGAGUUCAGGCCAGAGAGGUUUUUGAGUAGUGUUAAAGGGGAAGAAGUGAUUGAUAUAACAGGGCAGAAGGAGAUUAAAAUGAUGCCAUUUGGUGCAGGGAGAAGGAUUUGCCCUGGUCUUGGUUUAGCAAUGCUUCAUAUGGAGUAUUUUCUGGCUAAUUUGGUUAGGGACUUUGAAUGGAAGGCUAGAGAUGGAAAUGAUGAUGUUGAUUUAUCAGAGAAGCUACAUUUUACGGUUGUCAUGAAGAAUCCACUUCAAGCCCUUAGCUAUUCAAGGAUAAAGUAGGUUUACCUUAAUCUGAUCAU